ACCCCAGCAUUUAAAAUCCUAAACCCCAUCGAUUCCCACUUUAAUUCUUACUAAAAUUAAAAAAGAAAAGAAAAACAAAAAUAAAAUAUGACUGUGAUCACAGAGAGCUGGGUUCAUCACAGGCAUUGCAAUGGCAAAUGUUUUUGUUUUCCUUCUUCUUCUUCUCUGUAUUUAAUCCUUAAAUCAAACUGGGUUCGCUUAUUAUAUUUUUAUUCAUCUCAGUUCCAACAUCAAUUUCAAUGGCGAGAAAUUUUUUCUGACUCGCCACUGCCUCUUCUGCUACUGCUACUGCUACUGCUGCUUCCUAUGCUUUCACUACUGUUUGAUUUUGGGUUCUGUUUCCCUUUUUUCCUUUUUUUCUUUUCCAUUUUUUGUUCGUUUCCAGUCAUGCCCACAUCUCAGUCACACUUGCUUCUCUUGUUUUGAUUCUCCCUAGAGAGAGAGAGAGACGUCUAUCUAUCACUCUUGAUGGAACGAAACCUUCCGUCAAAACCUAAUUCCAUUAUUCUUUAAUGGGAGAGAAUGCUUUAAGAUCACCAAAAGAUAUGUAGCUCUCUGCUUCCUCUACCCUCUUCUUUUUCUCUUUUGUUUGCACUUGCCGUGAUUCUCUGGGAUUUUUCCUUUUUCGGGUAUGAAAUGAAUUUAAUGGGUGAGAGAUUGAGUAUUGUGUGGUGGUAACUUGGGUUUGGCUGUUUUGUUAUUUUGGGCUUUCUGGGUGGGUUGGGUGAGGAUUGGAGCUUUGUCUUGUUGACAAUGGAGGUUAGUUCUGAGGGAGAGAAGAAGCCACCACCACCUGUGGAGGCGACGAAGACCAAAAGGAAAAUGAAGACUGCUUCGCAAUUGGAAAUUCUUGAGAAGGCUUAUAUGGUGGAGCCUUAUCCAUCGGAAGCACUACGAGCUGAGUUGUCGGUGAAGCUGGGAUUGUCGGAUAGGCAAUUACAGAUGUGGUUCUGUCACCGGAGGUUGAAAGACCGGAAGCCGCCACCAGUUAAGCAACCAAGGAUGCCUUCUCCAACCAUGACGGUAGCUGCAGAUGUGAACCCAGUUGGGGGAAGUGGUGAGAAGAAUGAGAGCACUUCAGGAUUGGGGAAAGGGUCAAAUGCCUAUGCUCAUCCAGUGGACGUGAGGCCUGGAGUGGCUGUUGCGAGGAUUGGCCUUAACUUACCUUCAAUGAACAAGUUCUAUGAGUCGCAGCAGUCUAUUGCAGAGCUUCGGGCCAUUGCUUUAGUAGAGGCUCAGCUAGGAGAAGCUUUGAGGGAGGAUGGACCAAUUCUUGGCAUGGAGUUUGACCCUCUGCCACCAGGGGCAUUCGGGGCACCGAUAGGAGUCACUGCUGUCAGUGAUGAUGAGAAGAAAACCGGACAGUUUUUUGAGGGUAGUAAGCAAAGAGAUAUAGAGCAGAUUGAGCAUCAUCAGAUGUCUGGGAGAACUCUGCACGAAUACCAGUUUCUUCCAGAACAGCCAACUGCAAAAUCUGAUGAACGCGAGAGAGAUACCUCAUCUUACCAGUAUGGUACUCAUGCAAAUGUUCAUAGUAUCAGCAGGACUCUGCCGAUGGCUUCUGGACACUCAUUUUUGCAUGGACAUGAACAAAUGUCCUCCAGCUAUUGUUCUCAAGUUCAGAUGCCCAACCUGAAUAUAGUUGCUCAGCAAAGCAGACGGAGCCACAACUUAUUAUCUUCCAUGGGCGAGCAUGAUAAUAGUUUAUGCAGGAGUUCUCUUGUAAAUAUUUCUAUGAAUCCUCUAUAUGGCACUCACUCAACUUCUCAUCCAGAAUUUACAUCCGUUCUAUCUGAUAAGAGGGUCGUUCGUGGAAACAAUGUUGUAUGGAUUGAAAAGAAGAGCAAGAAUGAUGAGGCCAGAAUAGCACGGGAAGUUGAAGCUCAUGAGAAAAAGAUGCAGAAAGAACUAGAGAAACAAGAUGCUCUGAGGAGAAAGAGAGAAGAGCAGAUAAGGAAAGAAAUGGAAAGGCAUGACCGAGAAAGGCGAAGGGAAGAAGAAAGACUGUUGCGUGAGAAGCAAAAGGAGGAAGAAAGAUGCCUAAGGGAGCAAAGGCGUGAAAUGUUGAGGAGAGAGAAGUUCUUGCAUAGAGAGUCCAUUAGAGCUGAGAGAAUUAGACAGAAAGAAGCACUGCGCAGGGAAAGAGAAGCAGCAAGGCUUAAAGCUGCCAAUCAGAGGGCCGCUGCUCGCCAGAUGGCUAAGGAAUCAACAGAACUUGCUGAGGAUGAACGCCUGGAACUCAUGGAGUUAGCUGUGUCAAGCAAGGGAUUACCUUCAAUAAUGUCUCUUGAUCAAGAAACUUUAGAAAAUCUGGAGUUAUUUAAAGGUAUGCGGCCAAACUUUCCACCUGAAUCUGUGCAAAUGAGAAGGCCUUUUCCAGAUCAUCCUUGGAUUGAAUCUGAAGCGAAUGUGGGAAACCUUCUCAUGGCGUGGAAGUUCUUGGUUACUUUUGCUGAUGUUCUUGGCCUUUGGCCUUUUACUCUUGAUGAGUUUCUUCAAGCUUUUCAUGAUCACGACUCGAGGUUAUUAGGUGAAGUACACAUUGCUGUUCUGAAAUGCAUCAUAAAGGAUGUUGAGGAUGUUGCUAGAACCUCCUCUAUAGGUCUAGGAUUCAAUCAGAGUAGUGGUGCCAACCCUGGAGGUGGCCAUCUGCGAAUAGUUGAAGGGGCAUAUGCUUGGGGUUUUGACAUAUGCAGCUGGCAGCAACAUUUAAAUCCUUUAACAUGGCCUGAGAUACUUAGACAGUUGGCCUUAUCAGGCGGGUUUGGUCCUCAACAGAGGAAAGGGGGGAAUGCUGAACCAGCACAUCAUGAUGAAAAUGAGCAGGGUAAUGAUGUUGCAGACAUCAUUUCAAAUUUACGCAAUGGUUUGGCUGCAGAAAAAGCUGUUGCUAUAAUGCAAGAAAGGGGAUUCUCCAAUCAACGCAAAUCUAGGCAUCGAUUGACUCCUGGAACUGUAAAAUUUGCAGCUUUCCAUGUUCUUUCUCUUGAAGGAAGCAAAGGUCUUAAUAUUGUUGAAGUUGCAAAUAAAAUUCAGAAAUCUGGACUUCGGGAUCUUACAACAAGCAGGACACCUGAAGCAUCUAUUGCUGCUGCAUUGUCUAGAGACUCAAAAUUAUUUGAAAGGACUGCUCCUUCAACGUAUUGUGUCCGCUCUCCCUAUAGGAAAGACCCUGGCGAUGCAGAUGCCAUACUUUCUACUGCAAGGGAGAGAAUUCGCACAUUCAAAAGCGGGAUUUUGGAUGGGGACGAUGCUGAAAGAGAUGAUGGCUCAGAAGUUGAUGUUCCUGAGGAUGCUGAAGUUCAUGAUUUGGGCACUGGAGGAAAUUUAACAAAACAACAUCAAAGUCCUGAAGUAUGCCCUCUAGAUGAAAUGACUUCUGUUGCAAGUGGAAAUGGAUGUAAUGAGAUUAGUGAUAUUUGUAAAGUCGGUAUGGCGAAUGGUGGUCCUUAUACAGCUAUCUUGGACAUCAAAGGUAGGGUAAAGGGGGAAGAAAGUCCUCCCAUUGAACAACCUAUUUAUAUUUCUGGAAUUUGCAUUGGUCAAUAUCAAGAAGAUUCAACUUCUGAUGAAGGUGAUCAUGGUGAACCUUGGGUCCAGGGUCUUACUGAGGGAGAGUAUUCUGAUCUUAGCGUUGAGGAGCGACUUAAUGCACUAUGUUCAUUAAUUGGAGUGGCACUUGAAGGAAACUCAAUGCGAACCGUCCUUGAAGAGCGUCUAGAGGCUGCAAAUAGUUUGAAGAAGCAAAUGUUGGCAGAGGCGCAAAUUGACAAGCGACGUGUCAAAGAAGAGUACGUCUUGCAGAUCCAUGACUCUUCGAGUGUGGGAAACAAGUCUGAAUUUAAAACUAUGUCGUCAUUGGAUGCAACAAGGCUCAGUGCAAUUCUAAAUAUUGGGGAAGAAAAUAGAGAAGGACCAUUAGACACUGGUUUUCAGCAAGAGGACUGUCAUAGUUCACAUAAUAAUUGCCCCUCGGAAGGACUGCAAGUGCAAGAUGUACUUGUUGAGGCAGAUAAUUCACAGCUUCAACAUUCAGUAGUAGCGGUUGAAAAGUCAAGGUCACAAGUGAAAUCUUAUAUUGGACACAAAGCAGAAGAGAUGUAUGUGUAUAGGUCUUUACCUCUUGGUCAGGAUCGAAGGCGUAAUCGAUACUGGCAAUUUACUUCAUCUGCUUCUCGAAAUGAGCCUGGUAAUGGCAGAAUUUUUGUUGAGUUGCAUAAUGGGUCUUGGAGGCUUAUCGAUUCUGCUAAGGGAUUUGAUGCUCUCUUAGCUUCUUUGGAUGUCCGUGGGAUCAGGGAAUCUCAUUUGCAUCUCAUGCUACAAAAAUUAGAAAAAUCUUUUAAAACAGCUACUAGGGGGAAUAUACUGCAAGAUAGCCAGAGGACGGGUGAAGAUGCUGCUGGCCAGCAUUGCAAUGCUCAUAAUAAUGGUCCUAGUAAUACUGUAUAUGCAGAUAACCAUGAUGGAUUUGAAAGUUCAACAUCCUUCAGAAGUGAGGCUGAAGAAACUGGUUCAGAUACGACUGAAUCAUUAAAGAGAUACCUUGAUUUCGAGAGCUGGAUGAGGAGAGAGUGCUUCAGUCUUUCAGUUCUAUCCGCUAACAAACAUGGAAAGAAGCAGGGCACACAAUUACUAGAGAACAUUGGUCUAUCUUGGUGUUCAUCUUCCCCCUUGAGGAUUAGAUUACUUAAGAUGCUGUUGACUUUGAUUGAGGUUUCCAUUCCAGGGGAAGCUUUUCAACCAUCCUGGACAGAUUUCGAAAGAAAAACUUGGAGUUCGAAACUUCUGUCUUCAUCCUCUGCUGAGGACGUUCUUCAGAUUCUGACUCUGUUGGAGAAUGGCAUUAAGCGAGACUUUAUGUGGUCUAACUAUGAGACCACCUAUGAAUUGUUGGCUUGUUUCAACCCAACAGGAAGUUACACUUGUCAUAGUUCUUUCCCUGAAACAGUACCAGUUCUUCCAUGGAUACCACUUACAACGGCUGCUGUGGCCUUGAGGCUUUUGGAAUUCGAAGCUUCCCUCUCUUACAUUCUGCAGCAGAAAGCUGAGUCUCAAGCUCAGGGGUCAAUGGACAUAAAACCCUUAUCAGAUUCUGCAACUGCUGUAAUUUCAAAUGAGCAUGUCAAAGAAGCAAACUUGAUAUAUGGCGGGGUUGGACCCUCAAGCUCUGAUUAUGGACAACUAGAUAGCAAAAGAGGACAUGGACGUAUCAGAGGUGGAAAAUCACAUAAAAGAACCAAUAGCAUGAGGCCUGUAUCUGAUAAGAGUACUGGCAACAACCGAAACAACCGAAAAAUAUUAAGGCAGGUGCUAAUGUGGGAGGACGGACAAAUGGAAGAACAGGGAGGAUUUAGGCGCGGUCGUCGGAGUGCUAGAAGCAGGCAAAAAUCAGGAAGGAAGAUCAAGUUUGGCUCUGAGGGAGGUCAUCCUGAAGAAACUAUCAAUGAAACAUCAAAAUUAUCUCUGGACAACAGUCAUGAAUGGAAUGAUGAUCAGAACAUAAGGAUGCUGCAACGAAGUGAUGGAAGUCCAAAUAGUUCUGAUAGGUUGAUUUCCAUUGAUAACAGUGGUAGAGUUGAAUACGAUGAUAUGCUGGUAGAUGACCGUGCUCGAUCUUGGCAAGCUGGCUAUCUACCGACUAGCCGAAGUUACAAAAUGGAUGAAGACAGAGAGGAUGAUCUCUCUGCUGGAGAGAGGGGUAAUACCAUGGACAAAGAAUACAAAGAGUAUGAUCUUUCUGAUGGAGGGAGGGGUAAUGUCAUGGACGAGGAACGAGAUCUUUACGUUGAACACUAUACGGAUGGGGAGUACAAUGAAGAAAGUAACAGGAAUUUAGAGGAUAAUAUGGAAUUGCAAUCCGCCUCCUCAGAUUACAGUAACUGAAACAGGAUUUGUGUUCUUUGUUGGAUUUAAAGGCAGUGGCACAAUCCUGAAAAUGGAAGUGGAUAGCCCACCUAAGGACUGAUGCAGUGUCAUUGUACAAUACCAUCCUGUUCAUCUUGCAAGCUGAAGCUGAUGAUUAAUAAGAACAUGUACGUUUUCUAACAAAAGAACAGACUUUGUCAUUUUAAUAGCUUUAUUGUCACCGCCACAAUGAAUGUACAUCGCCCUCUUUUCAAUAGGUAUGAUAUGAGAUAACUAAAAUAGUUCUAC